UUUUCUUUGUCUUUUCUAUCUUAGAUUGUCAAUAGUGAUGUUUUGAGUGGGGUGAUCCACGGGGACAAGUACGACCAUGCUUAAGUAGGAGCGACCAGUAACACUAACACGAACGUGGUUCAACUUCAUACUAAUAAACGGUCGAAUACGAAACAACUAAACUAGAAACGAUGGUGGUAAUCCUCAAAACCCCGAACCACUUUCUUCUCUCUCUGACACGUAGCUGUAGCUCCUUCUCGCCCCCCGCCUGGUACUCCCCUCCACCUUCUGUUACCCCUCACCAUGGAGAUCCCAUACUCCACUCCCUCUCCCAAGCCAUCAACAACUCCCAAACAAAGCCUCUGGAUUCCUCGCUCAAGGCUCUUCUCCCUUCUCUCACUGCUCGUCUUUUUAUCGACCUCAUCAACUUCAAUCCCUACUCUCUCCCCCCACACUCUCUUCUCUCGUUCUUCAACUGGCUCUCUUCGCGGUCAACUUUCCGUCACACCAUCCACUCUUACUGCGCCAUGGCCCAGUUCCUUUGCGCCAAUCGUAUGGUUCCAGAGGCCCAAUCUCUCCUCCGGUUAGUUGUCUCUCACAAGGGGAAGGAUUCGGCCUCCUCCAUUUUCGCCGCCAUUGUAGAGAGUAGAGGUAUCUAUCAACAGAAUGCUGUGUUUGAUUCUUUGAUCAAGAUCUAUACCGAUUGUGGCUUUGUCUCCGAUGCAAUUCAGUGCUUUAGAUUGGUUAGGAAGCAUAAAUUUCGUAUCCCAUUUCUUGGCUGUGAGUAUUUGCUUCGUAAAGUAAUGAGGUCAAACUCAGCCGGGUCGGUUUGGCUGUUUUACUCUGAAAUUUUGGACUGUGGUUAUCCGCCUAAGGUAUACAAUUUCAACAUUUUAUUGCAUAAAUUUUGUAGAGAGGGUAAAAUUAUGGAAGCCCAGUUGCUGUUUGACGAAAUUACCAAACGGGGUGUGCACCCAACUGUUGUUAGCUUCAAUACUUUGAUCAGUGGAUACUGCAAAUCUGGGAAAUUAGAGGAGGGAUUUAAGCUGAAGAGAGUUAUGGAGGAGACUGGUGUAUCUCCAGAUGUUUUUACUUACAGUGUUUUGAUUGGUGGGUUGUGUAAAGAGUGCAAGUUGGAUGAUGCAUGUGAGUUAUUUGACGAAAUGUCUAAGAGUGGUUUGGUUCCAAAUUACGUUACUUUUACUACCUUGAUUAACGGGCACUGCAAAAGUGGAAGACUUGAUUUGGCCAUGCAAGUCUAUGAGAAGAUGCUAAGCAAAGGAGUCAAACCCGAUCUAAUUAUGUACAAUGUGCUCAUAAAUGGUUUUUGCAAAGAUGGAAAUGUGAGUGAAGCUAGAAAGCUUCUGCAUGAGAUGAAAAUGAGAGGCUUGAAGCCCGAUAAGAUCACUUACACUACAAUAAUCGAUGGAUGUUUCAAAGAGGGAGAUCUAGAAACUGCCAUAGAGAUUAGGAAGGGAAUGGUAAAGGAAGGGGUCGAGCUUGAUAACGUAGCUUUUACCGCCCUGAUUUCGGGAUUAUGCAGAGAGGGAAGAAUCAUAGAUGCAGAAAUCACACUUAGGGAGAUGUUGAAUGCUGGCUUGAAACCUGACGAUGCCACAUAUACCAUGGUCAUUGACGAGUUUUGUAAGUCGGGGAACGUAAAAAUGGGAUUCAAAUUGCUGAAGGAAAUGCAGAGAGAUGGCCAUGUACCAGGAGUUGUAACCUAUAAUGUUCUUAUGAAUGGUCUGUGCAAGAAAGGUCAGAUGAAAAAUGCUCAUAUGCUCUUAGAUGCUAUGCUUAAUUUGGAAGUGGUUCCGGAUGACAUAACAUACAAUAUUCUUUUACAAGGCCACUGCAAGCUUCGGAUUUCAGAGGAUGUUGAUAAACUACGAAGUGAGAUAGGGCUUAUUUCAGAUUAUGCUUCAUAUACUUCACUUGUUGGUAAAAUUCAAUAAAUCCUUGAAAGGUUACUAGAAUACAUAAUUGAACUAUAACUUGAGACUCAGUUACAAAAAUCGUAGCCUUCUUUUUCUUUUCUUUUUUGAUCAAGUGUGAAAGCGGAAGUUCUUUUUAUUGUGGAGAACUGUUAGUAAUAGUUUCAAUUUGGUAUGGACUUAAGGUAAUUCAGAACAAUAAAACAGAAUGAACACGCAUUGUGA